AUGGGGAGCUGGGGGGCAUUGGACAAGAAGCAGGAGGGGCAGCCGCAGGCGCUGGGCCGGCCUCGAGGGGCAACGGGGCGAAGUGGGAUGUGCUGGAGGCCCAACGUGGGGGGGAACAAACACCGUGGCCCACCCGGACCCUUUUUGCUGCUGCACCCGGCGACGCCUCAGGGGAACGUCCGGCCGGGGGGGGGGGUGUGUCCCUUUUCAGUGUUGCACUUCCGGCGGGAACCCAGUUCCGUUAGCGGCACUUCGGCUUCCGGUGCGGCGGGUGACGGAGCUGCCGGGCCCGGGGCCCCCCGAACCCCUUCGGGACCCCCCCGAACCUCUUUGGGCCCUCCGAACCUCUUUCGGGACCUCCCGAACCCCUUCGGGAGCUUUCGGGACCUUCCGAGCCCUAUUCGGGACCGCUCGGGACCCUCCGAACCCCCUCGGGAUCCUUCGGUACCUUUCGCGACCCCUCGAACCCCUUCGGGACCUUCCGAGCCCUAUUCGGGACCCUCCGAACCCCCUCGGGAUCCUUUGAACCCCUUCGGGAGCUUUCGGGACCCUUCGGGACCCUCCGAUCCCAUUCGUGACCUCUCGGGACCCCCCGAGCCUUAUUCGAUCCUUCGGUACGUUUUGGGACUCCUCGAACCCCUUCGGGACCCUUCGGGAUCUUCCGAGCCCAUUCGGGACCUUUCGGGACUCUCCGACCCCCUACGGGAUCCUUCGGACCAUUCGGAAUCCUUCGGUACCUUUCUGAACCCCUUCGGGACCCCUCGGGACCCCCCGAGCCCAUUCGGGACCCCUCGGGACCCCCUGAGCUCUAUUCGGGACCCCUUGGGACCCUCCGAACCCCCUUCGGGACCUUCCGAGCCCAUUCGGGACCCCUCGGGACCCCCCGAGCCCUAUUCGGCACCCUUCGGGACCCUCCGAACUCCAUUCGGGACCCUCCAAUCCCAUUCGGGACCCCUCGGGACCUCCCGAGUCCUAUUCGGGACCGUUCGGGACCCUCCAAACCCCCUUCGGGACGCUCCGAACUCCAUUCGGGACCCGUCGGGACCCCCCGAACCCCUUUUGGGACCCCUCGGGACCUCCCCGAACCCAUUUGGAACCCCCCGAGCCCUAUUCGGGAGCCUUCGGGACCUUCCGAACCCCUUCGGGACCUUCCUAACCCCUUCGGGAGCCUUCGGGACCUUCCGAACUCCUUCGUGA